AUGAAGAGAAUCAUUGGGUUUAAGUUUUUUAGUUAUUGGUGUCCUCAAGGGUUGCAGAAAUUUCAAGGGUUGGCAUACUCAACUGCAGUAACUGUAUAUCUUUCUAAAUAUAUAUUUUUGCAGGAAAAAUACAAUGUCCCAAAGGAAGGAAGGAAGGCUGUAUUUGCUACUGUAAAUGAUGCUUGGAGACGAUACAAAUGCUCUCUUAAAAAGAAGCAUUUUAGUAAGUACAAAAACUUACGAGAGCAGCUAAAAAAUCGUCCACAAGAGGUACCAGAAGAAGACUUUAGAAAGUUAUUGGAGUAUUGGAGAGAUGGAAAAAAUCAAGAAGUUAGUCAUCAAAAUGCUCAAAAUAUAGCUCAACUGAAAUGGAGACAUCGAAUGGGGAAUAAAGGCUUUGCUGUUAUAAGAGAAAAAAUGCGUGAAUGUAAUGAAGAUAAAGAACCUCCGACUCAAGCUGAAAUGUUUAUUGCUACUCGACAAAGUAGGAAAGGAAAGGAGUUGGAUCAAGAAACCAAUACAGCAAUUAUAAAGCUUCAAGACUUGAUUGAAAAUCAAGGUAAAUCUUCUUCAGAAGCUUUUGAAAGUGUAUUAGGCAAACAAAAACCUGGAAGAGUGCGUUGCCACGGAAGAACCACAACACCGACUCUCUUGAAAAGAAAUGAAGAAAUUGCAAAACUUAAAAGAGAUCAUGCUGCCGAGGUCAGACAUGUGAUACAAGAGAUGGAAGAGAGACGUCGUCAAGAUAAGGAGGAAACAGAAAGAAGAAUGCAACUUCUCCUUAAGACCGUUCUGAAUCAAAACACCUCAAAUUUGGAUAUAGAGGCUCUGGCAGCUUUGAUAUCAGCUCCUGCAACUGAUGCUAAUAGCGCCUUACGUUCUUCUGCGUCAACACAUGCUCCAAUUAAUGAUCAAAACAUGAAUGAUGAUAUGAAUGGAGAUUUUCAGUCAUUCGGAGAUGAAGAAACAUAAAUGUAGAGAUGUAGAUGUUUAACUUUUUCUAGUGAUUCAAGAUGUUAUUUUGAUUAAGAUGAAGAUUAACAUUAUAGAGUUUAAGUUUACUUUUAGAGAUUCAAGAUGUUAUUUUGGUUAUGAAUGAUGAUUGACAUUCAAAUAUGUACAUUAAAGAUGUCAUUUUGGUUGUGAACAUGAUUGACAUUAGGAUAUAUAAUGAAUGAAUGAUGUUAUUUUGUUAUUUAAUUUAUUAAAUAUUUAAUAUCAUAUUAAAAUUGUAUUUGAAUAUUCUUA